GACCACUGGUGUCUCUGGGCCCUCAUCCGCUCACUGGUUCAUCUACCAUUUCUUCCCUCCCUUCUCUAACCUUCUCUCACCGAGUCCCCAGGCCUAUCUCUUUCCUUUCCCUUCGCUUUCACCUGGCCUCCAGCUCUGUCUCCAUAUCCCUUUAAAUUUCAAGAAACAAUUCCUAACUCCUCCAUCUUUGCUGUUCCUCCCCCCACCCCGUUCCCGUCCCUUCCUUUUCUGAUUUUGCCUUCAACUCCAUGUUCUUUUCUGUCUCAAUGACUUCCCCCUCAUCUCCGAUCUCCAUCGCUUCUUUUCCCUCUCCCUUUGCUUCUGUCCUGACCAGACCCCCCUCCCCCUCCCCCCUGCCGAUUCGCUCACUUUCUCCUCCCCGUCCUCUUCUCCCUUCAGCGUCCUCUGACUCUUCUGCAGCCCCUCUUCCCUCGCCAUCUCUUCCCAGCUGCUGUUCACCUUUCUUUCUACUCUUGACCAAGCUUUUCCCUUUCAGCCCUUCACACCCGUCACACCUUUGUCCAUCACCCCAUUCCCUCCCCCGGCGGAUUCUCUGGUAGUGUUCAACAUGCACAUAGAGACUAGGAAUCCAGUAGACACAGGGUGUCACAUGCUCCUCUCUGGAGACCCUAAGCCCCUGGGAUUCACCACCCUCAGCUUGGAGACUGUGCACUUCCUUUCGGAACUAACCAUCCAGACUCUCCUAGGACUUUGCCCAGAAGAGCCACAGUUGAGGGGGUGGCUUCCUUGGAGCUCCACCUUCUUUCAGAAGGUGCAUUUGGAUGGUUAGACAUCCAGCACAGAGAUCAUGUUCUGGAGUUUCUCCCCCACCUACCAUUUUCCCCCAUUUUUCCAAAGAGGCAGCUAGCUUCUGGGUUUUGUCGCAAGAGAAGUGCCUGGCCCUACAAGAGGUGAGGGGGCUUCUAGAGCCCCUCCACCCCCCAACACGCACUAAGAUUGACUUCCCCUUCCCUCCCCCACUCUCAAACUCCCUCCCUAGCGGUAGGUGCUCAGGGAAUCACAAGGUUCUUGGCUCUAAAUUAAGAUCCAAGAAGCCUGAAGCUGUGGGCAGAGGAAGUGAGACGGAAGGAAGCCAAAGAGGCAAGAGUAGACAGACAUUGGGGCCAGGAGUAAAGGCCGAAAAUCUGGGUCACAGCUGAGGAAGACCUCAGAUACGGAGUGCAGAAUGUGGCCUGCUCUGCUGCUGUCCCAGCUCUUCCCUCUCUGGCCACUGCUGUUGUUACCCCUCCCUCCGCCUGUUCAGGGCUCCUCCCCUCGAUCCCCACCAGCCCCAGCCCGUCCCCCCUGCGUCCGGGGUGGCCCCUCGGCCCCGCGCCAUGUGUGUGUUUGGGAGCGGGCUCCUCCACCAAGCCGGUCCCCAAGGGUCCCGAGAUCACGUCGGCAAGCUCCGCCAGGCACUGCACCUCCUGCCACCCCAUCAGGCUUUGAGGAGGGGCCUCCCUCAUCUCAGUACCCCUGGGCUAUUGUGUGGGGUCCCACAGUAUCUCGGGAGGAUGGAGGGGACCCCAACUCGGUCAACCCUGGAUUUCUGCCCCUGGACUAUGGUUUUGCAGCCCCACAUGGGCUGGCUACCCCGCACCCCAACUCAGACUCCAUGCGGGAUGAUGGAGAUGGCCUCAUCCUUGGGGAAACACCUGCUACCUUGAGGCCCUUCCUGUUUGGAGGGCGUGGGGAAGGUGUGGACCCUCAGCUUUACGUGACAAUUACCAUAUCCAUCAUCAUCGUCCUUGUGGCUACAGGCAUCAUCUUCAAGUUUUGCUGGGACCGCAGCCAGAAGCGGCGGAGGCCCUCAGGGCAGCAAGGUGCCCUGAGGCAGGAGGAGAGCCAGCAACCAUUGACAGACCUGUCCCCUGCUGGAGUCACUGUGCUGGGGGCCUUCGGGGACUCACCUACCCCCACCCCUGACCAUGAGGAGCCCCGAGGGGGACCCCGGCCUGGGAUGCCCCAGCCCAAGGGGGCUCCAGCCUUCCAGUUGAACCGGAUUCCCCUGGUGAAUCUGUGAUGCCCCCCCCAUGUUGGGGUGCUGCCAAGCAGGAGGCCAAGUGGCCGGCAUAGCCACCAUCCACUGAGGGGGGGGCAACCGUGGGGAACUGGGACCAUGGUGGGGGGCUCCCAGCUCCUGCCCUUGCACACCACCUGGAACACUCACUGACCCCAUGGGCAAGCCCAACUGUUUGCCCUCCAGUGUUUGGGGGCUCCCCCAUUCCCACCCUUGCACAUUCACAUGAAAGCCUUGCACACUCACCUCCACCCUCACAGGCCAUAGCACACAGUCACGCUCUCCAUGCUGCUCUUCUGCUUCGUGUCCCCGUCCACAUCUGCUCAGCUGGCUCCUAGCUCUCCCCCUCUUGUGACACAUGUUGUACCCCCUUUGCAUUCUCUGCGCCCAUCUCAGACCGGGGAUGUGCAUUUCUGGCCCAAUACAUGGCAUAGUGCUCACUCUGCCUCAUCAACAUCCACUGGUCUAGUUUCUGUGGCCCUUGCAUGCUGCCCUAGAGGUGGUGGGAGGCGAGCUAGGGGCUCCUCGUGCCGUCUGUCACAGCCCCAUCUCAUUCCAUGCCUUACGUUUCACUGUCCUUCCAUCCCAAGGGCACUGCCACUACUCUGAGGGCUCCCCGACAGGAACGGGGGUUGUGAGACCCAACUGCUAAAUUCUGUCAUCUGAAAUAUGGGUUUGGGGGAGUCACCUGCUGCACAUGAGAAGGGACUCCCAUGUCCUCCCUUCCUUCCCAAGUCCCUUGUCUUGUCUGUCCUGGCUGUCUGUCUGUGUGUGUCUCUAUGGACUUCAGAGCCCCCUGAACAGGUCCUCCGCUCCCCGCUCUUCCCUAAGGCCUCCCUAACUGUACCUAGGCUGCCAGGGACUGAAGCCAGCUGGUUCAAGGCCAUUGAGAGCUCUGCCUCCACACCCACCCUUCUCUUCCUGGGUCCCCUCAUGUCCCCUCUUCCCUCUCCUGCCUCUCCCCCUUUUCCUCUCCUCAGGUUCUUCCCUUUCUCGUUGUUUCUUCCACUUCCCUCCUUCCUCCGACCUGGCUCCUAUGCUGUGAUAUAUAUUUUUGUAUUAUCUCUUUCUUCUCGUGGUGAUAAUCUUGUGGGAUGUAAGUUUCAAAAUUUUCAAAUAAAGCCUUUGCAAGAUAA